AUGGCGAACCUCUCAGAGACCUACGCUUGUGCGCCUUCCACCGAACGUGGACGGGGUAUCCUCAUUUCCGGCGACCCGAAAUCCAACAACUUUCUGUACUGCACCGGGCGAUCCGUCAUGAUCCGCAACCUAGAUAACCCGCUUCAGGUUUCCGUCUACGGCGAGCAUGGCUACCCGGUCACGGUGGCGCGUUACUCUCCCAAUGGUGAAUGGAUUGCGUCAGCAGAUGUCUCCGGCAGCGUUCGGAUCUGGGGCACCCAUAACGAUUUUGUUCUCAAGAAUGAGUUCCGGGUCCUUUCGGGUCGGAUCGAUGACCUUCAGUGGUCCGCCGACUGUUUGAGGAUCGUCACUUGCGGGGAUGGCAAAGGGAAGUCCUUUGUCCGUGCUUUUAUGUGGGAUUCAGGGAGCACUGUUGGGGAUUUUGAUGGUCAUUCACGGCGGGUUUUAAGCUGUGCAUUCAAACCAACAAGGCCUUUUCGUAUUGUCACAUGUGGUGAAGACUUUUUGGUAAAUUUUUAUGAUGGUCCUCCGUUCAAGUUCAACAUGUCCAUCAGGGAGCAUUCAAAUUUUGUGAAUUGUGUUAGAUUUUCCCCUGAUGGGACCAAAUUCAUAACAGUAAGCUCAGACAGAAAGGGUAUCUUAUAUGAUGGGAAGACUGGGGAGAAACUUGGCGAGUUGUCUGCAGAGGGCAGCCAUAAGGGCAGCAUAUAUGCUGUAAGUUGGAGUUCUGACAGUAAACAGGUGCUUACUGUGUCUGCUGAUAAAUGUGCAAAGAUCUGGAAUAUUCUUGAGGACGGAAGUGGAAGUUUAAAUAAGACUUUAUCGAGUUCUGAAUCUGGUGGGGUGGAGGAUAUGCUUGUUGGUUGCCUUUGGCAGAACAAUCAUCUUCUUACCGUCUCCCUCGGUGGCAUGAUUAAUUUAUAUUCAGCAACCGAUUUAGAUAAAAGCCCAAUAUCAUUAUCUGGCCACAUGAAAAAUGUUGCUGUUUUAACUAUAAUCAACAGAAGUGAAAAGAUGCUUUUGUCCUGUAGCUAUGAUGGGGUGAUCUUAAAAUGGAUUAUAGGCGUUGGUUGCUGUGGUAAAUUAGAGAGUAAACAAUUCGGAUUAAUUAAAUUGUUAGCAGCUGAUGAAGAAGAAGUCAUGACAGCUGGAUUUGACAACAAGGUAUGGAGGGUUCCUUUGCAAGGGGGUGAUUUUGGAGCUCCAGAGCAAAUAGAUGUUGGCAGUCAGCCAAAGGACUUGAGCCUUUCCCUUAAUUCUCCUAAACUCGCUUUGGUAGCAAUUGAAUCUGGGAUCGUUUUGCUUAACGAUUCAAAAAUUGUCGCAACUCAUAACCUAGACUUCACUGUGACCGCAUCUGCAAUUUCUCCUGAUGGGAGUGAAGCAAUUGUAGGUGGGCAAGAUGGUAAACUGCACAUAUAUUCUAUCUCAGAAGACACACUUACAGAAGAGAAGGUCCUUGAAAAGCACCGGGGUGCUAUCAGCGUGAUAAGAUAUUCUCCAGAUGUUACCAUGUUUGCUUCAGCUGACUUGAAUCGUGAAGCUGUUGUUUGGGACCUUGACUCCAAAGAGGUGAAGCUUAAUAACAUGUUAUUUCACACCGCACGAAUUAACUGCCUAGGUUGGUCACCUGAUAACACCCUCAUAGCUACAGGGUCACUUGAUACAUGCAUCAUCAUAUAUGAAAUUGGAAAGCCAGCAUCAAGCCGAAGAACCAUAAAAGGAGCUCAUUUAGGUGGAGUCUACGGGUUAGCUUUUAUUGAUAAUGAUAGUGUGGUCAGUUCUGGAGAAGAUGGCUGUAUUCGCGUUUGGAAUUUGGCUUCGGAAUAAACUUACGAUCAGAACAACUACUAGUAUCCUGCCUUCAAACACAUAAUUCAGUGUGCGGUAAAGAAAUGUGUAGUUCUAUCUUGCGUUCAGAUGUUCAAUGAUCUGCACUGUUGGUGGGAAGGAAAUUACAGGUUACACUGUGCUUGUGCAGUAUCUCUUGUGCAGUAUCUUUAUAGAUACAUGUUAGGACUGACCCAUCAUUCAAUCUGGAUUUAGAUCUUCUUAGUUAUCCUUUAAAGGAACUUUAGUUAUUGCCAUAGAAGCUGUCAAUGUUUUCAAGCUAGAAUGAAUAGAGAGGGAAAAGCACUGGAGGGCGAAAGAACAUUUCAGUAUUGACUUGC